GAGCAGCCGCCGCGCGCAGGGUUUACGCGCAGAGGAGACGUAAAGCUGCGACACGACCGAGAGGAUGCAGUGGAUUUAAAACCUUAACCAUCCCUGCUAAUUUACAGCCGGACGAAAGAGGAGAUAUCCUAAAGAGAAAUACCGAGGACAAGAUGAGUGUGAUGAAGGCCGGACACACGGACGGUGGAUCCCCGAGGCAGUGCGCUCAGCCUCCAAGCCGGAGCAAAGAUGCCCGGAUCCAGCAGCAGCAGCAGCAGCAGCAGCUCCAGAGGCACCAUGGAGGCUCCAUGCUCAAACAGCCAUCCCUCAAUGAACCGGGGGACGUGGUGAGGCGGGCGCUGGACUUCAAGAGCCAGGGAACCCAGUGCUACAAGGAUAAGAAGUACCGGGAGGCGAUCGGGAAGUACCACCGCGCUCUGCUGGAGAUCAAGGGGCUCUGCAGGGUGCUGGGAGACCCGGAGACCAAGACCCUGUCCCCCCUGCUGCCCACCCUCAGCAAGCCCAGCUCCCUGACGGAUGAGCAGAAGGGGGCCAUGGAGAACGCGGAGCUGGAGUGCUACAACAGCCUGGCUGCCUGCCUGCUGCAGAUGGAGCUGGUGAACUACGAGCGGGUGAAGGAGUAUUGUCUGAAAGUGCUUUACAAGGAGGGGAAGAACUUCAAAGCUCUGUACCGCUCCGGAGUGGCCUACUACCACCUGGGAGACUUCCAGAAGGCCCUGUACUACCUGAAGGAGUCGCACAAACAGGAGCCCUCAGACACCAAUGCCAUCCGCUACAUCCAGCUGACAGAGAUGAAGAUCCGCAGGAAUGCCCAGAGGGAAAAGAAAGAGGCGCUGGCUUGAGGACAAACAAAACAAACUGCACCCAGACCUUACACACCUCCAGUGUCUCGGUGUGAAAACAUAUUCGUUGGCUUUUGCCUUGCACAGCAUCCGGUGGUCAGUUUUGUGAUUGAAUGUCAUCGUUGUGUGCUUGAAGCGUCUUUCUUUCUUUUAUCGUUCAAGAUCCUACGGUGGCCGACAGGUGCUAACGCGCGAUAACGACCCAAAGACAUUUCCCUCGGGAGAAACGUGCUGCAGCUUCAGAAAGGAUGCAGAUAUAGAAACUCAUGCAGAAACAUCUCCAGCAACUCUUCAGCACAUGCAGCAUUUAGAAAACAUUCAGCAGCUUGAGGAAACAUGAGCAGCGUUUACUGAAAGCUGCAGAAACCAAACGCUGCAAGACGCUAGCUAACGUAGCUAACCGCGUUAUUUCAGAUAUACUGACAAACUCUUCCAGUUCUGAGACAGACUGUCUGCCAACAGAGACAGUUGUCCAGCUUUAUAAUCCUAAACACCACCAAGCGCUCGGGUCCCAGCUGUCCCCUGGUCUCCGUUUCUGUUUCCUCAAGCUGAUGAAUGUUCUCUAAUGCUGCAUGUGUUGAAGAGUUGCUGCAGAUGUUUCUGCAGGAGUUUUUACCUGUGCAUUGUUUCUGAGACUGCACCCGUUUCUCCUAACAGAAAUGUUUCGGGGCCCUGUAGCGCGUUUCCACUUGUCAGCCACCGUAAGAUUCUGUCUCCGAACCGCCAAACUUUUCUCUAGUCUGAAAUAUUUUUUAAGAAACUGAUGCACUGCCAGUCCAAACAUUGCACAUACAGGCCAACACUUGUGAUAGAGGCAGGAGGAGUCCAGCAGCGAGGGUCACUGCACGUUAGCCCGCGCACAAGAUGUCCAGACGAGAAACAUCCACCUACAACACCAUGCUUUUAUUUUGAAAGAUUUGUACUCUUGAUUAGAUCUGAAGUAAAGGAGCUGGGUUCGUGUAGGCAAGGACAUCAAUGAGUGCUAAAUGCAGAAUAGAGACAUAUCACAAAAUGUACAUAGGCUACUUUAUAUAAAUCAUGAAAAUAAUAUAACUACUUAGUGUUUAUUGAUGCCAAAACAAAGCAAUUCACUCACAGCAUUUACUGUGUCAACAAGUACUGUGUGUUUACUGUAAAGGUGUGUGUGUGUGUAAUAAAUGUGUCUGUUGAUUGAAGUCGUUGUGAUGCUGAAGUGGAUUUAAGGUCAAAUAGAUCCGUGGAGAAAUGCUGAUGAUGUUUAAAUAAAUGAGUGAAUUGAAAUGA